AUGUCACCUGCUGCUACUUCGGCUGAGAAGAUCUACAAGAUCGUCAAUGCAAGACUGUUGAUGAACCAUGAAAUCGUCGAAAACUCUUACCUUUGGUUCCAAAACGGCAAAAUUGUGCAUCCUCAGAACCUGUUUUUCGACCAUCUUCGGGAAGCCGAUGAAAUCAUCGAUGCCAAGGGCUUGUUGAUUGCUCCCGGUUUCAUUGAUACCCAAAUCAAUGGUGCUUACGGUAUCGAUUUCGCUGACCAUCAUGGCAGUGUCGAAAAGAUUCAAGAGGAUAUCGACACCGUGGCCAAGGGCCUUUUGAAAUACGGCUGCACGGCUUUCUGUCCCACCGUCGUCAGUUCGUCUGCCGCCGUCUACGAAAAGGUGUUGCCUCUGUUGAACCGACGCAAGGGUUGUGCCAAGGGCGGUUCGGAAAUCCUCGGUGCUCAUGUCGAGGGACCUUUCAUCUCGGUGGAAAAGAAAGGAGCUCACAACCAGGCAGUUUUCAGAAACGCAAAGAACGGAGUGAAAGAUUUCGAUGACGCUUACGGAUCGGAAUUGAAAAAGGGUAAUGAAGCCGUGAGCAUCAUGACGGUUGCACCAGAAAUUGAAGGCGUCAGUGAUGCAAUCCCUGACCUCGUUGCACGUGGCAUCACCGUCGCUCUCGGUCACACCGCCUGCCGUAUCGCUGAAGCCGAACAGGCUGUUCGCAAUGGUGCCACCAGCAUCACUCACUUGUUCAAUGCCAUGCAGGCCUUCCAUCAUCGUGACCCUGGUCUUAUUGGUGUUCUCGGUGCUGCUGAUUUGCCUCUUCCCGAAGCGGGCAAGGGUCAUCCUCAAGCUUCCGCCACUUCUCCUUGCCGUCAAAAGCCCGAUCCUCGCCCUUUCUAUGGUCUGAUCUGUGAUGGUGUUCACGUACACCCCAACUCGGUCCGUAUCGCCUACUAUUCUCAUCCCAGUGGUGCCGUCUUGGUGACUGAUGCUUUAUCUGCUCUUGGUUUACCAAAGGGUGUUUAUCGUUUGGGUGGUCGCGAUGUGGAGGUGGAUGAAAACGGAGGUGCUUACGUCAAGGGCACUCGUACGCUCGCUGGUAGCACCAUCACCAUUGAUGAGUGUGUUCGCCGAUUCCAAAAGUUCACCAACUGUACCACGGUUGAAGCCAUUGAGGCCGCCACUCUUCAUCCUGCACAGAUGCUGGGCAUUCAGGAUAGAAAGGGUACUUUGAACGCUGGAGCCGAUGCCGAUUUGGUAUUCUUAGACGACAGCGAGGGUGAAAUUCGUGUGAAACGUGUGUUUGUGGCUGGUGAGGAAGUUGAACUCUAG